AAGCGUCCCCAGCAACCGGUCCAUACUUUCCACACGGUUUCGCGAGCAAAGGAUACAAUGGGUGAGGGACUGAGGGUCCAUGCGAGCGGAAAAGCAAAACCAUCUUCCAUCCUCACCUCAGUCUGCGCCGCUGCGCCAAGAGAAAAAACAGAGUCCAGACCGGCUUCAGCAACUCAUCCUCAGAGCAGAGUUGCUGCCGAGUGAAUAGAGAGCUCGUGGUGGGAGAAUCAAUUUGUUUGCUCUGAUUGUUGCUCGGAGAAGAUCCAAAACGUUUCAAGAUCUUACCUCAUCUGCUCGAUCUUGUGCGCAGCUGCGUGCGGCGGGAAGGUUUCGAUGGCAGAUCCGAUGGCCACCGUGGUGGAGAAGAUCGUCAAAAUCGGGCUCAAGAUCAAGGAGGCCGUGAACAGGGUUCGCCACAACGAGGAGGAUUACCGCGAGAUCACGAGGCGCGUGCUGAGGUUCAGCGCCAUCCUGUCGCAGCUGCAGCAGACGGGGACGGUGGCCGACAGCCCGGCGCUGGCCGGUGCGCUGGAGGACCUGGAGGAGACCCUGCAGCGUGCCCUCGAGCUCGUCACGGCCUGCCAGGAGAGGACCACCACCCGCCGCCUCGUCGCGGCGGGUGACCUGUCGAAGCAGCUGCGCCGGGUACAGGAUGACAUCUUGAACAAAGUGAUGCUGGCGUCCUUCGCCAUCAACGCCCACACCACCAUCUUGUUGCUUACUAUUCAGGCUGGUGGUCAGCCUCCGCCCCGGCAGCAGCAAGCGGAUGCAGGACUGACGGGUGUAUCGAAUAACAUUCAUUCAACUGAAGAUGCUAGGUCUGAUUUGAACGGUGAGGAAAACAUUGUACCAACAGGAAACGAUGCCCCCUUUGCUCCUUUAGAAGCCUUAAAAAACUUCAGUUUAUUUGAGUUAAAGGAUGCUAUAAAUGGCGGAAACAUCAUUGGAGAAGGUGCAUUCUGUAUGGUCUACAAGGGUGUAUUAAUGGAUGGGAAUGUGGUCGCUAUCAAGAUGUUUAAAGAACCACGCCCAUUAGGCUGGGAGCAUAUGCUUGCACAUGGUCAACUUGUCCUAGCUUCAAAGCUUCGACACCAAAACAUAGUUAAAGUUCUAGGAUAUGGCCAUGAAGUUGAAACACAAAAAUCUUCAGUGAUAAUGCGGCUGUUGAAACACAAAAAUCGUCCAGCUAAAGGAAGAGGCUAUUUCUGGGUUGAAGAAUAUGUGCCGAAUGGAACCUUGUACUCGAAAAUCCAUGAGUCCUUGCUUGAUUGGCAUUCCGUCUCCCGGAUACUUGAGCAGGUAGCCCAGGGCAUACAUUACCUUCAGGAACAGCACAUUGUCCAUAGGGAUCUGAAACCAAGAAACAUCCUCUUGGAUUCUGAUAUGAAUCCUAAGAUUACUGAUUUUGACUUAUCUAUGGUGUUGAAUGAUGAUGAGAUCAGUGAGAAUAAUCGCAUAGCAGGCACUUGUGGAUAUAUGGCUCCAGAAUACGCUAUGCAUGGUAUUGUGUCAAUGAAGAACGAUGUAUUUGCUUUUGGCGUCAUUGAGGGACCGAAAAGGCGACCAGAGGGGGGGUGAAUGGGAGCCGAUAAAAAAUUAUCGCAAACAGGAGCUCGGCUUAAGAUCCCAAGUGUGCACCCAACCCAAGAGUCCUAGGUGAAGUGCAGAGUAGCUAUAAAAGAACUACACUAACACAAAACAACCCUAGGAACAAACGAGAUCAGUUGCGGAAGCAAACACGAAGAACUCCACGAGAAACAGCACGGUAUAACUCACCAAAAUUCGUAGGCACGAUCACAAAGGACUUGUGAACAUGACCACAGAAGGAAUCGACGAAUCAAUCCAUGGUUUGGGAGAAAUCAAAGAAAUUCCGAGCAAGAUUGGGGUUUUCUCAAGAACGCAACAACUUCGAUUCGGGGGGACUCGUGAUUCCGGAGGGUAUAGCACUAGGCUAGAUGGUUUUGAAUCACUAUAAAGAGUCACUCGAUCAUCAGAAAACCGCUCGUCAUCUCGUGCUCAAGAUUCGUCGAAGGAAAAUCGAAUUCAUCCAAAAACAAAGCACAAAUCGU